AUGUUAGAUACAUGUGUUGAAAAGUCAAAAUAUCAGUGGAAGAAAGAUAAAGAAAUGGGUACUUAUGUAAAAGAUUGUUAUACCUUUUCACCUUUGAAAGGUCGUAUAUUCAAAAACGGUAAUCCGGUAUUAUGUUUACCUGAUGUUAUCGUUAAUCAUUCACAUUAUAAAGAAUGUUUCGGAACACAAAAUUUCCUUAUUUAUGUUGCUGAGAAAGAGAAAUUUGGAAAGGAAGUUCGUUAUUAUCAAACAAGAAAUAGAGAAUUCAUAAAUGCUCGAGUUUAUUUACUUAAAGAUGAUCAGAAGCAAGACUGUGAACCAGUCAUGAUUUUUCUACCAAGACUUAAUUUAAAAUUCAAACUCGAUGGUACAAAAGUUAUAUCAGAAGAUUUUAAAGAUUAUCGUUUAAGUCAAGAUCAACAUAUAAAUACAUUAUCAGGAUUAUCACAAUAUUUAAUAAUCGAACCAGAUAUUCAAUCUGAUAAUCUGAUUAAAUUUAAUCGAAAAUUAAUUAUUCCUUAUCAUCCGAUUAAAAAAAAAGAAUCAUUUUUUUCUAACACCAUUGAAUUCAACUUAAAGAAAGUCGGAAAACCAGCAUAUUUUUCAUACGAAAUAGAUGAAAACUUAGAGUGGUUGAAUUCAGAAACAAUAGCUGGAAGUCUUUAUCUAGCUCUUCUCUAUUUUAAAACUGCUACCUUAGAUAAAGAUUUGUUUCUUAAAUUGAAUAGCUAUGAAAUUUGUGCAGAAAUUCUCAAAACUUGUUGGCAAAAUUGUCAAUAUUCUGAUGCAGAAUUCAAUAUUAUUUUAAAUUUUUUUGAAAAUACAUGCCCAGAUUUAGAAAAACCUUGGUCAACUUAUGCUGGUUCAGAAAAGAAAAUGUUUACUAUAGAUAAUUAUGGUUCAUAUCCUCAUCAUCGUAACACUCAUGCGAUUUUACUUCGAUUGAUUUAUCUUCUAUUAACCUUGAGUUUAGAAAGUACUGGUGAAUUUAAUACUGAAAGUUUUUCAUAUUUUCUGACUUAUUUAUUUUUGAGAGCAUCUCGUCAAGAAAAAGAAUAUCGUUGGGAGAGACUUGAUGAUGAUGAAGCUUUUAUAAGGAUGCUUUAUGUCGUUUCUAUUUUUCCAAAAGAAUUUAAUCCAUUGCCAGAGUUUUUAUUAACAGAAAAAAAUGAAAUAGAUUAUAAUCGACAAUAUCGAUUCGACAGUGAUAUGAUGAAAAUGAUUGGAGAUGAUUUUCUACUCAAUUAUAAUCAUAAUGAUAUUGUUAAUAAGGAAACAAAAGAAAAACCUAUUGGUAUUACUAGUGACUUAUCGAAUAAGAUGCAUGAAAAUAUUAUUAAGAAUCGAAAUAAGGCAUUCCAAAUGGAGAGAAGUUAUGAUAAUAAAUUAUAUCCAUCGUGGUUAUUGUUUGAAACAGAAAAUAAUCUUUUAAUACGUGAAAAUCAAUAUUCUCUUAUAGAAACAAUGAUGAAAGACGAAGUCAAUAGUAUUUAUCAGUUAAAUAUGGGCGAAGGUAAAACAUCGGUUAUUCUAAUUCUAUUGAGUGAUAUAUUAGCUGAUGGUAAACAAAUAGUCAGAAUAAAUUGUUUAGAAUCAUUGAUGGGUGUUAUGCAAGAAUUAUUAAGAAAUAAAUUUCGUGGAUUAUUAAAAAAGAAAAUAUUUGUUAUGCCCUUUUCACGAGGAGUUGUAUUUUCAAUAGAAAAUCUUGAAAAAAUUAAAGAAAUGCUGACUGAAUGUCAAAAUGAAAAACAUAUUCUAUUAGUAACACCUGAACAACGUUUGUGUUUUCAAUUGAAAAAACAAGAAAUGUUUUUAGAAUAUUUACAAUCAAAAGACGCUGAUGACUGUUUUGACUGGGAGGAACAUGGUAGAUGGCACUCUUAUGGAUAUCGGAAGAAAAGUGUAGAGAAAAGUCAAAGAAAUGUAUAUGUUUUAACAGAGGAACAAAAAAUUUUAAAAGAAGCCUUAAAAUCGUUAAAAUAUAUUGACAAUACUGAUAAAAUAGUCAAAUAUCCUUCUGAAGAAUACAAUAAAUUUUAUGAUGAAGUUAUUAAUAAAAUCCCUGAUAAAGCUUACUUGUCUAAUAUUAGAGAUGCUUAUUAUAUUCUAAGAGAUCAAUCGACACAACUCAAGACUGAACGCGCACAAAAGCUUGAAUUACUUUAUUCAAUCGAUAAGUUUAAGUUCUUUGAUAUACUUGAUGAAUCGGAUGAAAUUUUGAGUCAUGGAAAAGAGUUAAACUAUACAUUAGGAGCAACAAAAUCUUUAGAUGGUGGUUCGAUUCGCUGGGAAAUUCCAUUUUUACUAUUUAGAAUUAUUUUUUGUGAAAAAGAAUUUGGUCAAUUUUUAGAAAAGGCUUCACAACUCGAUGAUUGUCCUGUUGUUUUUCAAAGAGAUUUUCGGCCAGUUAGUGGAAUAGGUGGUGGAAGUCCACUUGUACGUUUUGUGAAACAUGAAUAUUUUCAACGUAACAUAAAACCAAAGCUUUGCCAAGAAAUUUGUAAAAUCAUACUCCAAAAUUUUUGUGAGAAACAGACUUCUAUAAUGAAUGAUGAAGGUGAAUGUUAUGGAAGUUACGAGGAAUUCAUUGAAGGAAAGUGUCUAUUCAAAGAAGAUAAAAUAAUAAAAUUAUUGAAACGUAAAAGCGUCGAUAUGUUAAAUAGUUUUCUGUUAGCAAAAGGUUGGUUAUCUCAUGAAUUACUGUAUCAUGUUAUCAGUUAUCGAUAUCGAGUUGAAUAUGGACUAUCGGAAAAAAGUGAAAAAGAAAUCGCGAUUCCUUUUCGAGGAAAAGAUUUACCAUCAGAAAAUUCAGAAUUUAGUCAUCCCGAUAUUAUGAUUGGUUUCACUAUUCUGAGUUAUUUAUAUCGAGGAUUAGAUUUGAAACAGGUUAAGGAUGGAUUAAUUAAAUUAAAAAGUGAUCAGAAGCGAGAUAAGAACAUGUUAUUACAAACAUGCGUUAAAGAGAAUGAAGAGUGGAUUAAUGAACAUAUUAAAAAAGAAAAUGAAGAAUUUCCAUUGUGGUUAAAAUCUUUCAAAACUCUCGAUCUUGAAAAUGAAAAUAGUAUUAAAAAGGCACAUCUUUAUUUGUCUCGAAACUUCAGUUUUAUUGAAUAUUAUUUAAGUAAUUUCGCAUUUCCUAAUGAUACGAAAUAUUUUGAAAAAAAAAUUACAGGAAACGCUCAUACAUUAGCUGGUGAAGGAAAAAACAAUGGAUUUUCAGGCACUGACGAUCGUAAUGAUACAAUGCCAGAAUCUAUUGUUUCAAAACGAUUAUAUUCUCAAUUAGGAACGAAUGGCAAGAUGUUACAUAUUUUGUCACGAAAAAUAAAUCAAAAGUAUGAAACGAAAGUUGACGUUUCAAAUACAGUAAAAUUUUUGGACGAAGUUUGUCGCUAUGCGCAAAAUGAUAAAGACUGUUAUAUUUUGAUUGAUUCAGGUGCUAUUAUUACAGAAAUGACUAAUAUGGACGUGUCGAAAUAUCUUAUUAAAAAUAUCGAUAAAAGAUUUGAUGGUAUUGUUUAUUUUUCUGAUAACAAUAGUAAAAUUAUGGUCAUUUUAAGACGUGAAGAAUGCGUACCAUUAUCCGCAUGCCAUAUUGAUAAUAAGAAACUAUUUGUUUAUUUAGACGAGGCACAUACUCGUGGAACUGAUUUAAAAUUACCUUUAACUGCACGAGGAGUAGUUACACUUGGUAAGAAUAUGAAUAAAGAUAAACUUAUGCAAGCAGUUAUGCGUAUUCGUGAUCUUGACUUUAAACAAUCAAUUGUCAUAUGGGGUUUAAAAGAAAUGUCAGCAGAAAUUGCAAUUAUAAAUGGAAUUAAAUUAGAUGAGAUAACAAGUAAACAUGUUCUUACAUGGGUUACUUAUAAUACAAUUCGAAAAAAUGAAAAUGAUUUAUAUCCAGUGACGAAAGAAAAAUUAAAAUAUGUAAUUAAAGGUAGAGCACUUGAGUAUCAAAAGAAAAUUAAAGAGAUCCCUAUGGAUUCUCUUAUUGUAGCAUAUGUAAGUGAAAAUAUCGAUAGCAUAGAAAAUUCAUAUGGUACUACACCUCGCGAAAGAAACCCACGAGAUCUUUUAAAUAAGAAUAUGGGUACUUAUUUAAGUGAAUUUUAUCCGUUUGUUAAAAGUGAAUUAGAAAAUAAAGAGACGUAUUCACAUUUCAUUAAAGAACUUAAUGAACAUUGGAAUGAUAUCGAUAGACCGAAAAUGAAAAAAAUUAUUGAAAAAGUUGAUAAGAAACUUCCUAACGAUAUUUUAACGACUAAUGCAGAUUAUAAUUGUGAGCAGGAAAAUGCAAGAGAAAUUGAAGAGAUCCAACAUGUUGAACUUGCUUCUGAGUUGAAAAAUACACCGUCAAUUGAAAUUGCUUGGGAUUUUCCUAAGGUUUUUGAACAAAAUUUCAAACAAAACGUAUUUAAAGAAGGGAGUGGCUACCCAAAACUAAAAUCAUUGAAGCAAUAUUUUGUACUUACGGAUAUGAAUGACUGGAGAAAUUUAAAAUGGCAUAGUCAAAUCUUUGCAACGGAAAAUUUCAUUAAAACUAUUGAAGCGAUAGAUGCUAAAAGUAAAAGUUACCAAAGCGAUUAUUUGAAACCAGUUAAUAUGAUUUUAAUACAUAGAAAUGAUAAAGAUGUGUGUUUUAUUAUUAUUUCUGCGCUUGAGGCUAAACACCUUUUUAACUUAUGUAAUGAAAGAAAAGAUCCAAAUGUAAGCAUAGUACAUAUUGACGAUGUGAAUGGUCCUACAAUGGUUCCAAUAAAUGCUACACCGUUAACGAAUGAUGAAAUUAAUAAUAUUAUUACUAUUAUCCGGUUAUUUAACGGAGAUUGUUAUUAUAAUGCAGAACAAAUGAAUGUGAUUAAAAAAUAUGUUGCUUAUAUCGAUAGACAUUGUUUUAAUCAGGAUAAAAUAGAAUCUGAGAAAAUUUAUGACGAACUUGAAACAAAAAACUAUUUGUCAAAAGGCUUUAUGACUUCUAGUUUAGCAGCCAAAUUAUUGAAUCAGGAUGAGAAAAUCUUAGUAGAGACAGAAGCUAGACUCAACAUCGAUCUUAAGCGUCAGAUUCGUUCCAUUGUCUAUGACAGUCUUGCAGAAGAUGCCGAUACUGUGUGGCAACUACCUCGACUAAUUAGACAAUUGAUUAGAAUUAGAGGGAAAAGUGAACAAUAUGAGAAAAGUUCGUUACAAAAAAUAUUCGAUAAAAAUCAGGAAUAAGUUUUUACUUUCCUCAUAAGUCUAGCUCUAGUUUUUAAAUAAUACCUCUACAUAAAACAGUGACUUUCAAUUUUUAGCUUGUUUAAUUUUCGAAAACCGAAAUAAAGAAAUCCUUUUUAAUACAGCUCAUUGAAUCAUCACUUUUUCAAAUCCUUUAGAUAGUAUACUAACAUGAUUUUAAUAUCCAUUUUCAACACUAUCAUGUGAUUAAUUACAGUGUAUCCAAAGAGAAUAUUUUACCAUAUUUUAAAGAAGAGUGUAAGUUAUUCACAUGUCAAUUAUCUAUUCACUUUUAUUUCACACAUAUUUUAUCAUUAUUUUUAUGUUAUCCUAUUUUUUGUUUCGACUGUACGCAUCUUUUCUCUGGUUCAUGAAACUACUUUCUAUUUUUUCAAAUCCAUUUUGCUUUACUGCUUGUACCUUCAUUCGUUUGCCACCAUGUAAAAAUAAAUGAGAAUAAUUGCUAUUGUUUCUGAUACUUUUGUGAAACACGACCUGAAGCGAGUGUUGAAGUAUAUAUAGAGUACAAAUGUGCAUCCCCCCUCCACAUUCAUAUAAACCAUGACAGACAAACCUGGUAUCCAUCAGGCACUAUGGCGACCACUCUAAAAGGAGGAUUACAGACUGUAACGGAUGAUUUCAAGUCAUCAGCAUAAGUUCUGCAUUAAUAGCACCUCCAACGAUUGUCCAUUAUCGAAUUUGGGUGAGUCUGGGUGUGGGUGUGCAUAUGAAUGAAGACAUGAGGAACACCCACACCAACCCCACAGGGUGUGGGUGUGGAUGAGGAUGUGGAAGUGUGGUGUGGGUGUGGGUGUGUGGUGUGUGGGUGUGGGCGCGAGUGUAUGUCAGAAUAACGCCACAUCCACACCCCCACCCCCACCCAUACCCACACCCACAGCAAAACCCAUAACCACAUCCACACAAAAACCCACACCCACAUCUCCAUUGUGAUCUAGCUCCAAUUGUCUGCUGUUCUUGAGAAAAACACUAAAUAAGUUUUAGAAAACGAUUUUUUCAUUCAUAUUCGUUAGAUUUUGUCGAAACGUACGUGAAGUAUAUAUCAGUGUUCAGGAGAGACUGUAAAUAUGUGAUCUUUAUCUUGAGUGUUAGUAGGGUCUUAAUGAUUAAUAUAACAAAGAACGCUUUAUUCAAUGCUGUUGCAAACAGAAAGGCAGUCUUUCAGCAAAAAAUUGUGAAAAUGUUUCGAAAAACAUGAUAGUAGGGUCCAAGUUUCUGCCAAUAAGACCGUCAAAAUCUGGUCAUUUGGGUGUGGGUAUGAUUCUUGUAUGUAUCUACAUCCACACCCACACCCACAUCCAGAUCCAGAUCCAGAUCCACAUCCACACCCACACCCCCCACACUCACCCCCACCCCCACACCCACCCACACCCACACCCACACCCCCACCCCCCACACCCACACC